AUGGAUUUAACCCAAAAAAAUGUAGAGGAUAUCUUUGCAGAGUUCUUUGGAGACAACCCUUUUGGAUUUGGAUCAUCUGGACCUCAUGGAAGGUCCAGGUUCCAAACUGAGGGAGGCGGAUCAUUCAGCGGAUUCCAUGCGCCGCUGAAGAAGCCGCCUCCUGUUGAGAGCAAGUUGGCAUAUAGUUUGGAAGAGUUGUACACGGGUUCCACAAGAAAAAUGAAGAUCUCAAGGAUUGUUAUGGAUGCUAAUGGGAGGCCAAACCCACUGAGAUAUUAACAAUUGACAUAAAGCCAGGUUGAAAAAAAGGAACAAAGAUCACAUUUCCAGACAAAGGUAACCAGCAUACAAACCAGCUUCCAGCAGACCAAGGGCAGGGCUCAGGAGAGCAUUGGGUGGUUGAAAUUGGAAUGAUUUGAGAAUUUGUAUUCUCUUCACACUCCUUUUGUUUCAAAUUUUGUGUCCAGAUACACUUUG